AUGUCUAGGUUGCUUAAAAGAGAGACUGAAGCGGUGAUGGUGGAAGUCAGCCCUAUGGGAAUACUAUCUACGGGGAAUGACAAGAACAAUAACACAUUGCAACUUGAGAUCCAAACCUUAUUAGAAGAAUAUGCUGAGGCUAUCAUGAAAUCAGAAUGGCUGAAAAAGACAUUCAAAAGAGUGCUUUUAGAACACACUCAGGGCACUAUGAUCUACAGUGCCACAUUGGAUGAUCAUUUACUACACCUCAGGCUAGUUUUGGAAAAAUUAAAACAACACACUCUCAAGGUCAAAGAAAGCAAGCGCAGUUUUGGUGUUCAACAAGUGGAAUAUUUAGGCCAUGUCAUUAGUGCAGAAGGUGUUGCAGUAGACCCUGAGAAAAUUCAGUACAUUAAACAGUGGGACAAACCAAAGACACUGAAGGCUUUGAGAGGUUUUCUAGGCCUUGCAGGUUAUUAUAGAAAGUAUGUAAGGAAUUUUGGUAGCAUUUCCAAACCCCUUACUGUUAUGCUUAAGAAAGAUAAUUUUAAAUGGAGUGUAGAAUCUACCCAAGCAUUUCAAUCACUCAAGGAAGCAUUGAUGACAACUCCUGUGUUAGCUAUUCCAGAUUUUUCUAUACAAUUUGUAGUAGAAUGUGAUGCUUCAGACAAAGGUAUAGGGGCUGUGCUUUCUCAAGAUGGCCAUCCAGUUUCUUUUCUCAGUAAAGCUUUGGCUCCAAGGCACACAGUUUAG